GUCGCUACAACAACUUUCUAGGUUCUGUCAAAACAUCGUAAUGUAUUUGUUACCUCCGUGGUUGGGGUACCUUCGUUUAGCGUGUGUGGUUUUAUAUUAGUUUACGGUUGAUGUUAGGUUCUGAGAGGUAUGGGCGCCUUUUGUGUGUUUCAUAAUCACACUAUCAUUUUGUAUUUAACAGGUCCAGAACAGCCUUUAUGACUGGAUACUUUCCUUACCAUGUUGGUAUGCAGCACAUGGCCAUGCUUCCGGAGCAGCCAUCUGGGGUCCCGUCACAUUUCCCCUUCCUACCGGAGAAGCUGAAGGAGUUGGGGUAUGCUACUCAUGUGGUGGGCAAGUGGCAUCUUGGUUUCUGCAACUGGAACUACACUCCCACCUAUCGCGGGUUUGACUCUUUCUGUGGCUUCUACAAUGGGCAGGAUGACUACUACAAGCAUACUGUUCGUAAGUGCCACUUCGACCUAGAAAAAUGUUGUUCUUCCGGUUUUCCCGACCAAUCCUAACAAAAACCGCGCCGACCAGAGACGUUUUUAUCGACUGCUGGUUACGCUAUAAGAUUUUCGAUCUGAUAUGUGAAUUUUAGAC